AACACUGAGAAACUCGGUUGUCAUUGUCACUUGUGUUGGUCACUUGUCAAAAUCAGUUCAGAAAAAUUAGGGUUAGCUGCUUCGAAAAUUACAUAAUUUUCGAAGUAAAUAAACAUAUAACUUAUAAUUUAAUGACCACAUAACCGAAAAAAUGUUGAGGUUCGGAAUAAAAUCAGCUGUGCUUGGCUCAGCAGUAUACUACACCAUUGACAAGGGAGUCUGGAGAGAUAGUGCCACAACCAACGCUCUUUAUGAAGAACUUGAAAAAGGUGUUUCACCCUAUGUCGGUGAACUUAAAAAACAGAUUCCCUAUGAGUUGCCACCACUACCAUCAAAUGAUAGAGUUUCAUACCUGUUCAAAUACUAUUGGAACAGUGGAGUGAAAGCCACAUUCAGCUUUUUAGUUGAUCUCCCUGAGCACACUAGUAAAGCUGCAACUAAGGCUUAUGACUACAUUUCUACAGCUCUCGAUGGAACUGAACAAAGCACAACGGCUAAACAAGAAAACAAGUGAAAUUGUUUAAGUAAUGCUAUUUAUUCAGAAUGUGAUUAUUGUUCAUUAAAAUAAAACCUAAAUAGGGGUUUAUAUAUUUUAUUUUUAUAAUUAUAUAUUAUGAUGUAGAUUGUAAAUUCCAUCUAAAGGGAAAAUCUUUAUUUCAGUAACCACCAAUCAAUCAUAAUAUUCAGUUGUUCAAAGGGAAGUGUCCAUGUGGUAGGCAUUUUAAAAUGUUUAUUUAUUUUGAUUUAUUAUUGUUGUAUGUAGGUCCUAGAAUAAAUGAUAAUGGACAAUAAGUCCACAAAAAUAAUGUAUCUUCCUGAAUAAAGCAGUUACAUUA